UUAGUCAUUUCGAGCGGACCCGGACCGACAGCGUCCCCGCCGUUUAACCCAAGGAACUCCCGAAUAAAAAACACAUUUACUUUCGUUUUGGCUCGCGGGGCAGCUUUAUUUGACGAUACGACACUUUUCUGUAACGUUACGGAGACCAACGGAAGGUAAAAUCAUGAAGAUGUUUGUCUGCGCACUUCUCGUCGGUCUGCUAUGUCUCUGUCCUUCAACAGCCAAAGAAUCGCCGCCCAAGGUCCAGGUUUACAGCCGGGAACCGGGACACUUUGAUCAAGCCAACACCCUCAUCUGUCACGUGAGCGGCUUCCACCCACCAGAGAUCACCAUCGAACUGCUCAAGAAUGGACAGGAACUGCCAGGAUCCAAGCAGACCGACCUGGCCUUUGAGGAGAACUGGCACUACCACCUAACCAAACACGUGCCCUUUACACCAAAGAACGGAGACAAUUUUGCCUGCAAAGUGACUCACGUGGGAAAGACCCUAACAUACCACUGGGAGUCAGAUAUGUAAACUCUACGCUCGGCCUUGCUCCAGGUGUGCUCAGUAUCAGGAAGAUGAAGAAGAUUGGCAUUGACUAUCUGUAAUCUUGGGUUUUAUCGUGAAAGUUUGAGCAUCAUAAAAAUGUCAGAAACAAUUGCACUUCAACUUAUCUGUAUGUUUUUAUACCAGAAAUAGCAAAUGGCAAUAAAGCUCCAUUAAGUAGUAGUUGAACCACUAGAUGUGCCUGUUAGUGUGUAGCCACACAGGAACAGAUCAAUAAAUAAAAAUAAUAAAUAAGGUGGAGGGUAAGUGAUCAAAAAGAUAAAUACAAUACAUACCUGUCCAUUCGGUUUAUCUCUUCAAAAUAAUGUGCAUGCACAAAAUAUGGAAUCAGUUUUUAGUUAAAUUGAAUGAUGGAUGUUGGCAUCCAGUCAGCUUUGAGCCCACAACCAACUUUACCAUUGUACUGCUUAAUGGGGCUUUAAGGAAGCCUUUAAUGUUUGGACAUGUAAGUGUUUGCAUUAUGUGUUUUUAAUGCUUAAUCUGUAAUGGCUAAAAUAUUUUAAUCACAUGAAAUUGCUUUUUUAAUUAUCUUGUGCACCAUUUUAUCUUAUGAAAUAUUAAGCUUAUUAUUUUCCAGUUCAUUAUGCAGAAUGACUCCCAAACCUGAGCACUUCUUUAUGUAGAUCUCAGUUGAUGAAUAUUGACAUGUUAGGCUCAUAAUGUCUGUAAAUGUAUCAUAUACAAUAUGGUUGGGUAAUAAAGGUGUUUAUCACGCUU